ACUAGAGAAAUUAAAAAGAGAGAUAUGUUUUACCCUUAGCCGGUCGUUAAAAUUUCUGUAGUUCGAAGCAAAUAUUCCAUCGUCCCAUCCUGCCGGUUUGCCGUAGCUGGAACCCGGAAAACACACCCGGAGCCACCGUGAAUGACGACCGUUUUGAGGCCACCGAUUGGGUUGCGCUUCCUCCAACCACCACAGCUUUCCCCUUCUCCCACAUCGUGUGUUUCUUUCUCCCUCUCACUCAAGCUUCCCAGAAUCAACUCUAAUUACUCCUCUUUCGAAGUUAGAGACGUUACCUAUCAACCCCCGGGGACUCAGCUUAGACUUCUGAAUUCAGUUAGUUUUUCACUUCCAGAGAAGAGUUUUGGUUUAAUUUUCGGGCAGAGUGGAAGCGGAAAAACAACUCUGUUGCAGCUUCUUGCAGGAAUAAGCAAACCAACCUCUGGAUCUAUUUACAUUCAAGAAUAUGAGAGUGAUGGAAAUCCCAGUCAACCUCCAGAGCCCUUGGUGCCGGAAAGGGUUGGUAUUGUCUUCCAGUUUCCCGAGAGGUAUUUUGUGGCUGAUAAUGUGCUUGAUGAAGUCACUUUUGGGUGGCCAAGGCAAAAGGGUAAUCAUCACCUGAGGGAGAAUCUUGCUCUAGGGCUACAGAGGGCAAUUAACUGGGUUGGAUUAAGUGGGAUAUCAUUGAAUAAAAAUCCUCACUCCCUCAGUGGUGGUUACAAGCGUCGUCUUGCCUUAGCAAUACAAUUAGUGCAAACCCCUGAUCUAUUGAUAUUGGAUGAACCUCUUGCAGGACUUGGAUGAAGUGUUUAAAGCAAUAUGGAAAUUAAAAAUCUCAAGUAAAGCCUCAAUCUAUGCUUGGAGAUUAAUUCGGGAUAGAUUCCUACAAGGAAUAAUUUAAGAAGAGGCGUGGAAAUCAAUGAUGCUAGUGCCCUUUUUGCAGAAGUCAUGAGGAGGAUGCAUCUCAUUUAUUUUUCAGUUGUGAUGAAGUCUUGCCGUUGAGGUGGGAGUCAAUGUCGUGGAUAAAUACUGUGGGGGUAUUUUCAGAAACUCCGAAAAACCAUUUCCUUCAAUUUUCUAAUUGUAAUUCUAAUGGUUUUAGGGGUCAACGAUGGCAGAGUUGGUGGAUCGCACUCACGUGGUGUACUUGGCAUCAUAGGAAUAAAUUGUAUUCCUAAAUGAAAGCUUUAAUGGUCAUAAAUUGAUGGAGGAUGCAUUAUUCUUCUGCUGGACCUGGUUUAAAAAAAAGGAUUUGAUAUCCCAUUUCACUCAUGGUCUAGUAGUAUUAGGGAGGUUUUUUGUACUCGGGGGAAUAGUAUAUAAAAUGUACAGUUUUGAUGGUGGGUGGUUACCUAGCUAAUAGCCAGAUCUUUGGUUCUCUAAUACUUAUUCUGUAUAUUGUAUUAGCUAACCAUAGGUCUGCUCUCGUUGAUGCUAGGCUGUUUGUAUAUCAGUACCACUUGUACUGCUUUCAUUAAUAUAUAUAUCUACUUUUGCCGAUCAAAACAAAGAAAAAAAAGAAAAAGUCUAACAACACAUAUUAAUCUAACAUCCCCCCUCAAGCUGGAGCAUAUAAAUUAUAUGCUCCAAGCUUGGAACAUAUAAACUGAAUCCAAGGCCUCCUCAAUGAUUUGGUUUAAAUAUCAGUAAGUUGAUCAUUUGCAUUGACAAACUCUGUACUAAUCUCUUUGGUCAGCAGCUUCUCUCUGACAAAAUGACAGUCAAUCUCUAUAUGUUUAGUUCUCUCAUGAAACACUGGAUUAGAGGCAAUAUGGAGAGCUGCCUAAUUAUCACAAUACAACUACAUUGGCUGAACUUCGCUCUUAAAUAAGUUGUUUGAUCCACACUAAUUUACAUGUGAUUGAAGUGAUAGCCCUAUAUUCCGCUUCUGCACUAGAUCUAGCAACAUUAUUUUGCUUCUUGCUCUUCCAAGAGAUAAAAUUUCCUUCAAUAGACACACAAUAUCCUGUACUAGAGUGUCUAACUAUAGGGCACCCAUAAUCAAGACCAUAUAUUUGGGUGUAGCCUUUGGCUACCAAGUGAACCUUAAGAUGAUCAACUUCACCAUUAGGACCAACCUUGAUAGCAUAUACCCACUGACAACCAACUGCCUUCUUUCUAGGUGGAAGAGAAACUAGCUCCCAUGAACCACUAUGUUCAAGAGUCUACAUUUCAACAAUCAUGGAUUGUCGCCAUCUAGGGUGAGCAAGUGCCUCACAAACAUUCUUCUGUCAUCUACAGAUCCAGCAUAGUCAGCAUCUGUAUAGGCCUCCAAAGUCAUUUUCUCCCCUUUUUAAAAUAAAAUUGCCUUUCCAGGAAUACCUUUCAAGUACUGCAGAAUGCGGUAAACUGCUCUAAGAUGAUUGUCUUUGGGAUUAUGCAUGAACUGACUUAUCACUCCUACUGCAUAAGCUAUGUCUCGCCUGGUAUGAGACAAAUAGAUUAAUUUUCCAACUAAUUUUUGAUAGGAUUCUGUCCAUGGUUGCAUCUUCAACAUAUUCACUCAGUUUGUGAUUUUGCUCAAUAGGAGUUUCUACUGGUUUGCAUCCUAAUUUACCAGUUUCAGAUAAUAAAUCCAGCACAUAUUUCUGUUGGGAGAUGAAAAUACCAUGACGAGAAUGUGCCACUUCAAGGCCAAGAAAGUAUUUUAAUCUGCCUAGCUCUUUAAUCUCAAACUCUCUUAUCAAACACCCUUUUAGGAUGUUUAUUUCUGCUUGGUCAUUCCCUGUUACAACUAUAUCAUCCACAUAGACAAUUAGUGCAGUAACUCCCCCUGAAGCUGAAUGCUUAAUGAACAAAGUGUGAUCUCCUUGACUUUUUUUAUAGCUCAUUGCCUUCAUCACCAUAGCAAACCUGCCAAACCAGGCCCUAGGGUACUGUUUCAAUCCAUAGAGAGCCUUCCUUAGCUUACAAACCUUUCCUUUCUCAAAGUUAAACCCAGGUGGGACCUCCAUGUAAAUUUCCUCUUCAAAGUUGCCAUGUAGGAAAACAUUCUUGACAUCAAAUUGCUGCAAACUCCAUCCAUAGUUAUCUGCUAAAGAUAACAAUAUUCUAAUAGUGUUCAUUUUUGCAACAGGAGAAAAAAUCUCAAGGUAGUCAAUCCCAUAUGUUUGAGUACCCCUUAGCUACUAACCUUGCCUUAUACCUUUCUAGUGUCCCAUCUGCCUUAUAUUUAACAGUAAAUACCUACUUACAGCCAACAAGUUUCUUUUCUUUAGGAAGUUCUACCAACUCCCAAGUUUCUUUUUUCUCUAGUGCAUCCAUUUCAACUUUCAUAGCUUCUCUCCACUCUUUGCUAUCCAGUGCUUCAUUAGCGGUUUUUGGGAUAGUGAUCGUGUUUAAAUGAGUAAGAAAACUUCUAUGAUUGCUGGACAGUUUAUCAUAGGACAUUAAGUGAGAUAAUGGAUACCUUGGCCUUUGUGUACAUGUUCUAAUUCCUUUCCUUAUUGCAAUCAGAAAAUCCUCAGCAUCAGUGGACAUAUUUUGCUCCUCCAAAACAAUCCCAUCAGUUUCAGUUUCAGGGAGUAUAUUCUGCUCUUUCAAGACAGUCUCAUUAGUUUUAGUUUCAGGUAUUAGUUCAGAAUCUGGAAAUUGCACAGGUUGGAUAAUAGGUUUUUCCUUUUGUGUGUAAACUUGUAGUGGACAGGCAGCACUUGUAGUUUGUGUUCCGGUUGUCUUUGGACUCAAAGCAGGGGCAGGGGGAGUGUGUGUAGAACUGGAAGAAAUGUGUAUUGGACUUGACUCAAGUAUGUUGGAUUUGCUUGGGGAGAUGAAUGAAAGAUUCUUGAACAAAUCAUCCUUAUCUUCCAUGCAUGAGUUCUCCCCUUGAAGAUAAGGUUGGGAAAAGAAACAUUCAGUUUCAACAAAAGUGACAUCAAUAGACACAAAGACCUUUUUUGUGGCAGGAUGACAACACUUGCAUCCUUUUUGGGUAGGGGAGUAACCAAAAUAUAUUCAUUUAAUAACUCGGAUCAAUUUUCCUCGAUGAGGAGAAUGAACGUGGACAAAGGACACACACCCAAAGAUUCUAGGAACAAGGUUAUUUGAAGUUUUAAAGUGUGAGUAAAACUUGGAAAACAAUUGAAUGGGGCUGCUAUUUUGAAGAGUCUGAAAGGGUUAAUGAUUAACCAAGUAGGCAGUAAUAAUAUGGUGGUGGCUAGCACUGACAUGGAGUAUUUGGAAGCAAAGGAAUAAUAUGAUCUUCUCCAAUGGGACUUUUAAUGCCAACAGAAUACUAGAUGAAGCUAUUUUCUUGACAUGGACAUGGCUCACGCAGUUGGAGAAAGAUUUUAGUAUUCACUACAACCACUGGUCUUCUAAUAUUAGUGCAGCUUUUUCCAGCAGUCAUGUAUAGAAUUUUUAUUUAAGCAUACGGAUGUAGCUUGUAACUCUUUAUCAGUUACUGGUUCAGAGAUCGUUAAUCUCGAGCCUAACACUGAUUAUUAUAUUGUAUCUUUUAGUACCCCUGGUACUCAAUUAAUAUAAUUACUAUUUUUGCUGAAAAAAAAAAAAAAAAA